UUGAAAUAAUGAAUUUUAACCCUUUAGUAUCGUGCAAUACCGCCGACCAAACAUAACCAUAGAAGCGUCAAAACUUUGUCGUCUCUCUAGGGCUACAUGAUAAAAAAUUAAAAACCCAAACGAAAACCCUAGUUGGCAGCGGAGUGUUUGAUUAUAAAACUCUCAAGUAGCAGUCAAAACUCUAGAGAAACCACCCAGCCAGCAGCAAACAAACACCUAUCAAUAGCAAUGGGGAGUGCUGCGAAAACGAAGAAGCUUUCAAAGGAAGCUAAACCUUCUCUCGCUCCCAAACAAUACAAAACCAAAACCAAGUUUAAGAAGAAUAAGAACAACCACAUCAAGACCAAAACCCCCAACAAUGAGAACAGUAAAAUCAAAUUACAACCUACAUCAGCAUCGGAGCAACUCAGUUUCUUUCUCAACCAGUUUGAGUCUGCCAAUGGCGUCCAGCUUUCUUCUCUUGAGUUGGAAUCGAUUCAAGAGUCGUGUAUUGUGAAGCUGUCUAACAACUUGGAUCAAGAUGCUGAAACCUUGGGUAAGCAUAUGAAAGAAGCUUUUGGAACGCAAUGGAAAAAGGAAUUGUGUGAAGGACAGCUUGUGGAAGGGAAAGUUGAUCCUGGAUGUCCAGCAGUUCUUAUUAUUAGUACUUCUGCCUUGAGAUCGAUAGAACUUCUAAGGGGUUUGCGCUCUAUGACCAAAGAAUGCCAUGCAGUAAAGCUAUUCUCGAAACACAUGAAGGUUGAAGAGCAGGUAUCCUUGUUAAAGAGCCGUGUUAAUUUUGCUAGUGGUACACCAAGCAGGAUAAAGAAGCUAAUUGACAUUGAGGCACUGGGGCUUUCAAGAUUAGCAGUGAUUGUUCUAGACAUGCAAGUAGAUUUGAAGGGCUAUUUUCUAUUUACACUUCCUCAAGUCAGAGAUGAAUUCUGGGACUUGUAUAAAAACUACUUUCAUCAACGACUACUACAAGGCGACCUCCGGAUCUGUCUCUAUGGUCCAAUACCAGAGGAUAAUAAGUUAAAGGGUAAAAGAACUAUAAAUUCUGAUGAAUGAAUCUCUUGGUUUGGUGUAAAUUUUGUUCUUUUCCGAUCUGUUGUGCUUUUUGCUUCCCCUCAAAUGUAUGUAGAUAAUUUUGGUAGUCAUUGUUAAGUACUGAUAUUAACACAAUCAACUUUGUUCAGUAAACACUUUAACUGUACGAAGUCUUACUAGAAUCAUCAACAAUAACUAGUGAAACAUUGACAAAAGCAAUAAGCUGGUAUAGAGGCUACUGUUA